AUGGGCGGCGCGAGGCCGACGAAGAAACAGGCGUUCAUCAACAAGCUCCGCACGCCGCUGCAGAUCGUGCUCACGUUCGUCGUCGGCCUGCUCAUGCCGUUCGGAUUCUACCUCGUGUGCGACGCGGGUCUCGGCAUCGACAUCGCGCCGUACUGCUACAUCGCGGUCGUUGUCAUGCUCGUCCUCACGGCCACCAUUGUGUACAUCGAGUGCUUCCUCGCGCUCUUUCUCGCGAAAGACCCGCCCGACGAGCCCGCCUCGCCGUACCCGCCCGCGUCCGCCAUUAUCGCGGCGUACCUGCCGAACGAGGCGGACACGAUUCUGGAGACUAUCGAGGCGUUUCUUCAAGUCGAGUUUCCACAUCCCUCACUAUUUCCACCCCCCUCCGUAUCCGCACUCCUUAUUCCCAUAUUCGUCCCCAUUCUCACACCCCUCCCCAUUCUCACACCCUCCCAAUUCCCACUCUCCUCCAUCCUCACCCCCACCCUUCGCAAGCAGGUCAUCCUGGUCAUCCUGCCGCACAACAUGCCGCACGACAUGCCCAAAGUCAUCCUGGCGUACAACACGCCGCGCGACAUGCCCGAGAUGGAGACCAUUCUCGCGGAGAUGGCGCGGCAGCGCCCGGACCGCUUCCUGGCGUACCGCGUCGUGCACUCGCGCUCGAAGGCCGAGAACGUGAACGCCGCGACGAAGCUCAUCCGCGGCGAGUUCGUCGGCGUGUUCGACGCGGACCACUGCCCCAACCCGGAUUCCUUCAUGCGCGCAUGGCGCUGGCUCAGCCACGGCUACGACAUCGUCCAAGGCCACUGCCUCGUGCGCAACGGCGAGGAUAACUGGGUCGCGCAGGCGGUCGCGGUGGAGUUUGAGACGAUCUACGCCGUCGGUCAUCCGGGAUCGGAGAUUAUUCACGGGUUCGGAUUCUUCGGCGGGUCUAACGGGUUCUGGCGAUCAGGGUUACUAGCGCAGAUAGGCAUGGAUGGAUCCAUGCUCACGGAAGACAUAGACUCGUCCAUCCGCGUGCUUCUCGCGGGCGGGAGGAUCAAAUCCGAUCCAGGGUUGAUGUCUUCCGAGCUCGCGACGACGACGCUGCGGCAGAUCUGGAACCAGAGAUUGCGGUGGGCGCAAGGGUGGUUCCAGGUGUCCAUGCGGCAUUUCUUCUCCGCCAUGGCGUGCCGAAACCUGUCGGCCUUCCAACGGUUAGGGUUGUUUCACCUGUUUAUUUGGCGGGAGAUCUACCCGUGGAUUUCGAUGCAGAUCCUGCCGUUGCUGGCGUUUAUCUGUUAUAAAGCGAACGGGUUCGGCGGGAUAAACUGGCUGGACGCGGUUUACAUGUGCACGACUAUCUUUACGUUCCUCUGCGGGCCCGUGCAGCUGCUCUUCGCGUUCCUGAAAGGCAGCCGCACGGUGCGGAAGCACGGGAAUUGGUGGCUGCUGUACUUAGUGUUCGCGACGCUGUUCUACACGGAGUUUAAGAACGUGAUUGCGCGCGUGGCGCAUGUUAAGGAGUUCAUGGGGGAGAAGGCGUGGAUGAAGGAGGCGGAGGAGGAGGAGGAGGAGGAGGAGGAGGAGGAGGAGACAGGCAACGACAAAGACAAUGCACUGCACAGUACCACCCCUGCUGCUUUUGGCUGCUGCGCAUCAGAGCAUGACGAGCUCUCCAGUUAA